AUGUGCAUUUUAGAGAAACGCGGCAACCUCUUCAUCCUAACACUCAUCGAUGAUGAUCACGGGCACCGUCUCGGCCUACACCUCAUCGUCUCUCUCCUCUUCGCUCUCUCCCAAGUCAACACCAAAUCCAUCAAUGGCAGCUCUGCUCUCAUCACCGUCACUUGCGGCAAGUUCUUCUGUAACGGCAUCGAGGUCCUUUGGGGCCAACUCUCUGCCCGCCUCCGCCUCCACCAAAUGGUUGAAUCCUUCAGAUCAGUCGUCGUCGCCCUCCUCUCCCUCCCCAUCCUAACCAAUGCCACUGUCUCCGGCCAUGCCGCUGCCAGCGGAGUCGUCCUCACUCUCGGACACGACUACGUCCUCAUGAGGCACGAUCGUGGCUUUCUGUACAUGAGCGAGGUCGAUCUGGCGAUCACGUUACCGGACUACUUCUCGGGUCUGGUGAGGUCCAAGAUCAGCAGAUUGUCAGCCGCUCGGCGCGACGUGUUGCUGAGGGGGAUGAAGGUGAAGGGAGAAGAGGCGGUGAGGAUGGGGAUCGUGGACUCGGUGGCGCACGAUAGCGAGGAGAGUGUGGUGGAGGCGGUGGUGCGCUUAGGGGAUAGGUUAGCGGAGAGGAAAUGGAAUGGUGAGGUGUAUGCGGAGAUUAGGAAGAGUUUGUAUCCUGAGCUUUGUGGUGUGCUUGGAUUGGUUUCGAAAACCGUUGUAGCAUCUUCUAAGCUAUGAUAAUAACUUGUUAAUAUUACUCUAUGACUGUGCUAAUAAUCUUUGUA